AUGGCCUCUGCCAGUUUAGAAUCUUCAGCGCUCCCGGGCAAUCGUCUGAUCGCCUAUCUGCAAGCUUUGACCAAGUCCAAAAAGGGAUUGCCAUAUGGAUUACCCGUUUGUGUGUCUCCUUCCCACACCGUCACCAACACAGAUGCUCUCAUCCGUUUAGCAACUCUCGUGGGUCCAUAUAUCGCCGUUCUCCAAGUUCAUGCCGAUAUCAUUGAUGACUGGUCUGAGGAUACCAUCCGUCAAUUGUCUUCUUUGGCCAAGAAAUAUGCGUUUCUGGUCUGGGAAAGUGGUCGAAUCUUGAACUCAACCGUCGGUGUCAUUGGCCGGCAAGAAGCUGAGUCAAGGGAAAUGAGGAACACCUUGGUUGACCUCAUCCGCAAGAAAUACACCAAGGGAGUGGUCAAGCCAGCGUCGUGGGCAAACAUCUCGACCGCUUGGGCCUCUGGCGUGGCAGUCAACAACCAGGCGGCGGACAUAUUGAUCCCGACUCUGAAAGCUGCUGCUCGGGAAGCCGUGGCGGACGCCGUUCAGACCAUCAGAACAGAGAUCACAGCGGACAGUAACCCGGGUCGGCCGUCCUGGACGAGGGGAAACAGCGAAGAUUCAAUUCCCGAGCAUCCGGCACCAGAAUAUGUCGUGAACGACAACAACAAUCUAGGUCUUCCUCCCCGAAAAGCCUCCACCAUCUCCCUAACGCAAACGAUAACUCAGCAUACCGAGGACUCAACUGAGGCAUUGAACGAGCUCGAAUCACAUGAACAGAACGAUAUUUGGGACUAUAGUGACGCAGCACCGCCAGCAAUUGAUAGCGACCUUCCACCUGCCCCUCUUCUCGCCCGCGGCCUUGUUCUUUGCCUUCCCUCUGCCGGUGAUUCGGCCUUCACACCCGAGUACCGCAAGAGCUCGAUGGCUGCCGCCUAUGCCAAUCGAGAUUUUGUUCUAGGCUUCCUUUGCGGACAACCAUGGCAAUUGGCGUCACGACACGACAAUGAUUUUUUCGACCCGGAUGUGUUGGCGCAAACAAUGAGUUCGGACGAGCAACAGCAGCCUAACUCGGAGGGUGACGAAACACCGCCGCAGUGUUUAGCCCUGUUCUCAGUAAUCUCACGAAAGCUCAAUCUGAUUGGAGAUCAACAGCCCGACGAACAGACAACAGCCUCUGAGUUGCCAGAUUCUUUCCCAGACUCCCUCAACCCUCUUGCUUCACGGUUACAUUCAAUCGUUAGACAAGGCUUUAAGUCUCGCGAGAUUUUCGCUUCCCAGCAGAUCGGCUCAGCGACAGCGACAGCGAACUCGACAACGGAGACGAAUCGUCGUCGGCCUAGCUUACUGCAUGUUCCUAUUGUAUCGUUACCAUGA